GAAGGCAAAAACAGUCUGGUUGCUGCCGCCAUUGUAGGGAAAGCGAAAGAAGCAGAGCGAGCCACAGAGAUAGUGUUUGUGUGGGAGAAAUGAGGUUACUUACUCACAAUAUGCUAUCUUCCAACAUCAAGGGAGUGACCUGCGGGUUUCCUCUCCGUAUCGAAGUGGAGCAAGUUGUGGAGAAGGAAGUUGAUUUCAACGCCGAUUUUCUUAGGAACAUGUUCUCCAAAAUCGAUUGGAAAGCGCUGGUUGGGGCUGCGCGGACUAUGGGUUAUGGGGAGCUUCCCGAUGAGGCGCCCGAGUCUUCGGCACUCGAAUCAUACGAAUUGUUGAGGAAGUUCCAUCAUGCGCUUCUGGAGCUUCACCUGGUGGAGGGUGCUCUAGUUUGUCCGGAAACUGGAAGAAAAUUUCCUGUAAGCAAAGGGAUUCCCAAUAUGCUGCUUCAUGAAGACGAGGUUUGAGAAAGAUAAUUCCUUCCAAUAUAUGAAAUUGUUAAGUACAAUUAAAUCUCAUUAAGAUAAUCGUCUGUUAUAUUUUCUGUUAAUUAUCGAAUUUUAACUUUAUUUUAAACGAGUGUUUUGAGCAA